AUGGAAGUGGCAGUUCUGGGAUCCGGUGUGAUUGGUCUGCUCUCAGCCCUCACCUUGAUGGAGGCAGGAUAUACAGUGACCAUCAUUGCGCGUGAUUUGCCGGGUGAUGACAGCCAGGACUGGGCAAGCCCUUGGGCCGGCGCCGCGAUAUUCCCUCAUCCCGAUGCCAAAGGGCAGGCACUCGUGAAGGAAACCUUCAAGUAUUACUGGGCCCUCGCUCAUCGAGACCCAACAAGCGGCGUACAGGUUCUCAAAGCCACUGAGUUUUACAACGACCGCACAGACGACUCGACCAUCUGGUACAAGCAACUGGUCCCCCACUACCGUCGACUGCCCGCGAAAGAUCUGCCCCCCGGGGCCGAAAUUGGAUUCAGUUAUCAAACCAUGACAGUCAACCCCGCGGUGUUCCUCCCGUGGAUCAAGAAUGAACUAGUUGCCCGCGGGGUACGUUUCAUUCGGAAAGAGGUCAAGACAAUCGAAGAAGCUAGACAGGUUACAGGUUGCAAGAUCAUAGUGCAUGCGUCCGGAUUGGGGGCUUUACAUCUCGCGAAUGAUAAAGACGUCAUGGCCAUUCGCGGCCAGACGAUGUUCGUGGAAUCUGAUUAUGAUGAGAUCAUGAUGCUUCAGGGAUCCGAGUACACAUAUAUCAUUCCACGAAUGCACACCGGGGGUGUUAUCAUGGGCGGUGUUUCGCAGGAGGGAAAUUUAGAUCGAAGAGUAGACGAAAAGCUGCGGCCAGAUAUUCUUCAGCGAGUCACGCGUCUUUCGCAGGGGAGUGUGGGCACGAUGGAUUUAACAAAGGACUCCACAAAAGAUAUAGUCGGUUUUCGACCAGCCAGGAAGGGUGGGUAUCGCAUCGAAGCUGAUGGAGAUGUGGUACACUCAUACGGAUUUGGCGGUCUUGGGUAUACUUACAGUUAUGGAGCAGCUAUGAGGGUUCGGGAUUUGGUGAUCGGGUUGUCAAACAAGCAAAAUAAUACGCCAAAAUCCCGACUUUGA